AUGUACCGCGGUGGACACAAUGCCGCAUCGUCCUUCUCCUUUUACUCCGCGGCCACGACGACCAACAUCUCCUCGAACGGCUACGGCUACGGCUACGGCAACAGCAACAACAAUAACGAGAGCAACGGCAGUACCAGCGGGCGCAGAUCGUCGUCUCGCCCUCGAACGAGCUCCGCCGACCCCCAAGCCGGCCGCCCUUCGCUCGACUACCGCGCCACCACCGCCGACGACGUCCCCGUCCCCGUCCAGCAGCAGCAGCAGCAGCAGCAGCAACGCCCCAACGUCCUGACCAAGGAGCGCCGCCUGCUCAGCCGCCGCCCUUCCUUCUCCCGGCACCGGCGCAGCCGCUCCACCUCGUCCGCCGCGGCAGCCGACCAAGACGGCAGCAGCAGCAGCGCCGCCUUUGUCACCGACGACGCCGUCCCGCCGGCCCUCCCGCACUUUGCGCUCUCCCCGAACCUGAGCGGGCAGCAGCAGGCGGGCUUCCAGACCUCGGCGGCAGCAGGAGGCAGGAAUAAGCAACAGCAACAGCAGCAGCAGCAGCAGCAGCAGCAGCCCUCCGCCUCGGUCGUCGUCUCGCCCCCGCCGCCGAGCACCGGGGCGAUCGACUCGUUCUCCAGGAUGCUCAGCCGCACGGCGCCCUCGCCGGGCGCCAGCUACGCGCCCUCGGCCGUCAUGUACGGCGGGCAGCUGGCGCCGCCGCCGGCCAUGAUGGGGGGCGGCGCCGGGAACAGCGAGGGCUCGUACGUGUUCCAGCUCAUACACGACACGGCGAACAAGAGGAUAUCCACGCUGGACUACCUGCGCAAGGCCCACGAGGGCCGAGUCUACUGGUUCAACACGCUGCUCUUCGACAAGCCCGACCUCCAGCGCAUGCCCUACUUCUCCGACCCGCGUAAGCUCGCCCGCCGCGCCACAAACUACCUCCUCCUGGGCCUGUCCCUCCCGGCCGUCGUGGACCUCAACUCGUCGAGCGCCGUGGAGCUCCUCCGGGCCCUCUCGGCGCUGCUCAGCGAGUUCGAGUCCUUCCAGCAGCUGCACUCGGAGGCCGGCGGCGCGCCCUCGUCCCUGUCCCGCGCCCGCCUGCCGCACAUGUUCCGCCGCACCGCGCAGGGCGGCAAGGCGCGCCGCACGAGCGGCGCCGCCGAGAUGGCGGGCCCCUCGUACUCGCUCGACGGCGGUGCCGACGAUGGUAGCGGACCCAACGGCGCCGCCGCCGUGGGGGGCGCGUUGUUGUCUUCCGGCGUCGGCGUCGGCGUCGGCGGCGGCGCCUUCAGCCCCUCGGACGGCGGCCGCAGCAGCGUCAUGAACUUUGCCGCCAGCGAGACGGACCUGCUGCCCGGCGAGGAGUACGCGCACCUGCUCACGCCGUCGCUGCCCUUCGACCCGGACUUCUUCGAGACGUUUGCGACGCUGUGCGACGUGCUGAUCGACUGCGUGUACGCGCGCCUGCUGGCGCUCAUGCCGACCCCCCGGGAGUGCGGGGGCCCCGCGGCGGAGCUGUUCACCAAGGUCGACGGCAAGAUCCGCAAGCUCGUCGUGCAGAACGUGGUCAAGGAGUUUGAGGACGCGAGCCGGGGCGGGCUCAAGACCGAGGUGGCCAACGUGGGCAAGGUUGUGCUCGGGGGGUUGUUGUGA